CCGCGGGGCGGGGGACAAUGGGCCAGUUCCUGGUGCGUCACGAGGGAGUUCCUUAAAGGGGAAGUGAGCGGGUUCCCGGGCGGACGCGCGGGGCGGCGGUCGGCUGGGGACGCGCCCGGCCCUUCAAAAUAAUGCCCGCGGCAGCCGCGCGACCAUGCAAUGGCGAGCGCUCGUCCUGGGGCUGGUGCUGCUGCGCCUUGGCCUCCACGCGGUGCUCUGGCUGGUCUUCGGGCUGGGGCCCAGCAUGGGCUUCUACCAGCGCUUUCCGCUCAGCUUCGGAUUCCAGCGCUUGAGGGGCCUCGACGGCUCGGGGCCGGUGGGUCCUCCCGGAGGCCCGGCCUGGCUGCAUCGACCAAGACGCGGGACGGAGGGGCCGCUCGAGACCCCGUCGGAGCCGGGGCCGGAGCCCGGGCCCGGCAUGUGCGGCCCGGCGCACUGGGGCUACGCUCUGGGCGGCCGUGGCUGCGGCCCGGACGAGUACGAGCGGCGCUACAGCAGCGCCUUCCCGCCGCAGCUGCGUGCCCAGAUGCGCGACCUGGCGCGGGGCAUGUUCGUCUUCGGCUACGACAACUACAUGGCUCACGCCUUUCCGCAGGACGAGCUCAACCCCAUCUACUGCCGCGGCCGGGGGCCGGACCGCGGGGACCCUUCAAAUCUGAACAUCAAUGAUGUCCUCGGGAAUUACUCCCUGACUCUUGUUGAUGCCUUGGAUACACUUGCAAUAAUGGGAAAUUCAUCUGAGUUCCAGAAAGCAGUCAAAUUAGUGAUCAACACUGUUUCAUUUGACAAAGAUUCCACCGUCCAAGUCUUUGAAGCUACAAUAAGGGUUUUGGGAAGCCUCCUUUCGGCUCACAGAAUAAUAACGGACUCCAGACAGCCCUUUGGUGACAUGACAAUUGAGGAUUAUGAUAAUGAAUUGUUGUACAUGGCCCAUGACCUGGCCGUGCGGCUCCUGCCAGCUUUUGAAAACACCAAGACGGGGAUCCCCUAUCCUCGGGUGAAUCUGAAGACAGGUGUUCCUCCAGACAGCAAUAAUGAAACCUGCACAGCAGGUGCCGGUUCUCUCCUGGUGGAAUUUGGUAUUCUGAGCCGGCUGCUGGGGGAUUCCACUUUUGAGUGGGUUGCCAGACGAGCUGUGAAAGCCCUCUGGAACCUUCGGAGCAACAAUACAGGACUACUAGGCAAUGUUGUGAAUAUCCAGACAGGCCACUGGGUUGGAAAGCAGAGUGGCUUGGGUGCUGGUCUGGAUUCCUUCUACGAAUACCUCUUGAAAUCUUACAUCCUUUUUGGAGAAAAAGAAGACCUAGAGAUGUUUAAUGCCGCAUAUCAGAGCAUCCAGAGCUACCUGCGAAGAGGCCGGGAAGCCUGCAAUGAAGGAGAAGGGGACCCACCACUCUAUGUCAACGUGAACAUGUUCAGUGGGCAGCUCAUGAACACCUGGAUUGACUCUCUGCAGGCUUUCUUCCCUGGACUGCAGGUGCUGAUAGGGGAUGUGGAAGACGCCAUCUGCCUCCAUGCCUUCUACUAUGCCAUAUGGAAACGGUACGGGGCUCUCCCUGAGCGCUAUAACUGGCAACUCCAGGCCCCUGACGUUCUCUUCUACCCACUGAGACCAGAGUUAGUGGAGUCCACGUAUCUCCUCUACCAGGCAACCAAGAAUCCCUUCUACCUCCAUGUAGGAAUGGACAUUCUGCAGAGUCUGGAAAAAUACACAAAAGUCAAAUGUGGAUAUGCCACGCUACAUCACGUCAUUGACAAGUCAAAAGAGGACCGGAUGGAGAGCUUCUUUCUCAGUGAGACCUGUAAAUACUUGUAUCUGCUAUUUGAUGAAGAAAAUCCAGUACACAAAUCUGGAACCAGAUACAUGUUUACAACAGAGGGCCACAUCAUAUCUGUGGACAAACGUCUUCGGGAAUUGCCUUGGAAGGAGUUCUUCUCUGAGGAUGGGAAGCGGGACCAAGAGGAAAAGUUUGUGCACAGGCCCAAGUCUCAGGAGCUCAGAAUCAUUAACUCCAGUUCUAAUUGCAAUCGCGUUCCUGACGAGAGGAGAUACUCUCUGCCCUUAAAGAGUGUCUACAUGCGCCAGAUCGACCAGAUGGUUGGCUUGAUUUGACCUGCUCACCUUAGAGUGGCCAGACCUUAAACCAAACCUAAGCAUACCAAAAUCUCCUCUGAGAUGGAAGGGUGAUGGAGUCUGUCCAUCUGUGACGCUGUAGAAGUUUCUGUCCAGCUCUUACCUCUGCUUGAUUCUUGCACAUAGUGUUUCCUUUCUCUUUAAUAAAAUAGCCUAUUUUUCUGAAGGCUAUAAUUAGAAAUGGGAAGCUACGUAGGAGCUUCUUGUGAUGUGCUGAUGUUCUUAAGCACAAUGGAUGUAUUCUCUUUGGAUUGUUCUUCCCAACUUCAUGAAUAGAAUGCCUGUCUCCUCGCUCUGCCUCCACUUGCUGUGCUGAAGUAUUGCUACCUCUUUGUUAGAGGAUCGGGAAUUCAAUUCCUGUGCAAAGGUCCUGAGGUUUACUUGGCAUCACUACUUACUACAGUGAAAAGUGUCAUCCUUUCUCUCCUGGGUUCAUCAUGCAUCCCCAAGUUAGCCAGCUGUGAUUUUGGAUCACAUGUGGGAAAUUCACCUGGUUUAUUUAUACCCUAAAGUAAUUUAUACAGUGUUACUUGUUUUAAUGUAAUGGUCUAGCCAGAAAUCUGACAGGUAGCCUGUGAAGUUAGAUUGAAAUCUACGAGCUUAACUAACAAAUCUUUUGAGCUGUAAUUUGCAUUUCUUUUCAACCUCAUCUUACCUAAAGAACUCCUGUGGUUCCAGAACCAGGUGCCUUCCAGGGAGAGGAAAACUUUAGGCUUGUGUAAGCUUCCAUCUCUCGUGUUUCAUAACUGAGGAUGCUCAAUGCUGACUAUCUUUGGGUUAGACUUCUGUUCUUGUUGGCUUAUGUGUAGUGCCAAUUAGCUAAUCAGGGACAAAGAAAUGAUCAGAUGACUUUCUGACAUCCUUGAGCCAUUUCUCUAUGUGAUACAGGCUUUAGAUUAGUGCCUUAUGGGUUUUGUUUGGGCCAUUGGCUGUGACAGCCACUGUGGUGCCUGUAGGCAGCUUGUUUUGUAAUGCCAUAUAAUGGAAUCAAUAAAGAACAGGGUAGGUAUGAGAAAGAUUCCUGGAAAUCAGUUUGUCAGUCUUUGCCUUUUUAACCUGUGAUUGUAGCCAGGUCUAAAGGAAGAAAUUAUAAGAAAAUACCUUUUGUUGUUUCUUUAGCUGUAAGAGAAAGCUCUCUGAGUUUACAAAGACUGUUCUAAAAAGCAGAGCUUGUCCUGACCCCUAGCCUGACCUUCUUGCGUUGCAACAUGUUAAAAGGCAUCGUAGGCAAAGGGUGGGCAAUCUAUGAGAAAGCUGAUCCAGCCUCACGUAUCUUGUGUCUUCCCUGUGUACUGUGUAUACACUUAAAAUUAGUUCAUUUCAGUCUCUUACAGCCAGGAAAAAAGCCUUUGAACCAUUUGAUUUUAGUCAAAAGGGAGAAAUUGUAUUCUUUCUUCAAAAUGUGUUACCAUUUUGAAAAUGCCAUUCAGUUCCUUGACAUUUUUAGAACGGAACGGGGUUUUCAGUUAUGAAUGUGUCACCUUUUAAACACUUACUAUGCAAUUGGUUUAUUUAUUUGUUAUGAAUAUUAAAUACUUCUGUUUUCUUUUGAUUUCACAAGCAUUGUUUUGUGUGUCAACAAUGUCUCCUCUACUGUAUAGAAAGCUUUCUUUGAGAAAAUGAUCUGUUUCACAUGUUUUUGUUCAUUUAGUAAAAGUGUUAAUCAUAUGCUUGCACAGGUAUGUGUGUGUGUAUGUGUGUGUGUGUGUGUACCCCUUUUUACCUUUGCUCUAGGCAAGUUCACACACGACUGAAUGAUCCACUAGGAACAAUGAAGACGUGUCAGGGAAGGAAGUGCAUUCUGCAAGCUUCUUUACCGUCUUCCCUGUGUCUUUGGUUUUGUGACAACCAACAGUAGGGUAUGUCAGCACCCAACAGACCUCUCUCACUGAGCUUUUCAUCUAUCACUCUUGAAUGGGCUUGGGUUGUUUCUUCUCCCUGUGCUCUUGGAAUCUUGAUCUGUGUCUGGAAGUAAAGUACAUGGUGCCUUGAGUGCUGUCAGUGGGUCUUAGGGGUAUAGGCAGACAUGCAGUGUAUUUUAUUGAGUCUCAAACCCUCUUGACUUUUGGCUACUGGACUUUUCACCUGUUGAAAAGUCUGGGGUAAGUAAGAUAAUGUCAGAGAUUCGUGGGCCCAGAUGAAGAACACCGGUGCCAGUCAUAUAAGGAACAUCAUUUGAGUCAAGUUCAAAGCUGACUUAUUUGCUUUCUAAAAAAAAAUCAAAAAUGUCAGCAACUAUGGCGUACAUCUUUCAGUGUGUUUGCUGUUCCUUCUGUGUGCUGAAAUAUGGGUAAGAAUUCUCUAAUUCUCUCCAGGAAUACCUGGAAUAUGAACAGAUAGCUUCACAGAUGUUUGCAAGGUCUAUAGAGCUGGACCAUGCUUGUGUUCCCACGAAUAGCCAGUGUUUAGUGUCCAGUUUGGCCAGCAUGUUCAAAGUGUAGCAAGCUGCCUUAUGGUUAGGUAUGGUGGAGGCCUGUUCUACAACCAACAGGCUUGCCUUAGUGGCUAUAAAUAUUGUGACAGAGGAACUCCAUUCUCCUAAAAGAGGGGUGACAAAGAAAUGCUUGGUGGCUCUGAUUGCUUUGGCCGUUGUGAAAAACAGGUUUGUUUUUCGAAGUUUCCCUUUAGUUUCCUCCUGAUCUGCCAGAGCUUGCUCUUGGAAACUCAAUUUCUAGUUCUGAUGAUGUCUGGGGUUUUCUUGCCUUGGAUUUCAGCCUCUGUACAUGAUGUUCCAAUAGUUUUCUGUGUGUUGAAGGGAAAACACGUGAGGGCAGUGCCUGGGCAGGUGAGUGUCAGGGAGUCCAUAUUUUUACCGGUGGGGUUAAAUGUAGUUGUCUCCAUACCAUCUCCCCUGUCCUCUCUCCCCUGUGGAAGAAAAAUAUCCCUCUUAGCCAUCUCCUCCUCAGCUCAGUGAAUGAGUGCCUGCUGUAGUUCUUCACUCUGGAUCUUGUAGACUGUCCAUCAGACACUACUUUCCUUCAGCGCAAUGAGGUCUUGUUCUCUUGACAUGUACACAUUCAGUGCUGGUCAGAGGCUAGGCCUGAGUGGUCACCUCAGUCACAGAGUGGCUGAGCAGGGACUUGAGAAGAAGGUGCUGAUCUUUGCUCUCCUGUCCCAGCUGUCCAGCACUUUCUCUAGUCCCUCUUCCCUGCAGGGCAGGGACUCCUUGAGAAUUGGAGAAGGUCGUGUGUGGGCCGUGUGGCCCCGAUUCAGCAGGGUUCAGGGUUAGGGUCCCUCUUGAAUUUGGAUGUGAAUCUCCUAAAGAUGUCAAGUACCUGUGACACCCAUCUUCACUACGUCCGAGAGGAGGACCAGUACUAUUUUUAAGGUGUUUGGUUUUAGUGUUAAAUAGAAAACUACAAGCUGCAUACAGCUUUAUUUAUUACAUACGUGAAAAGUAAAUCUGUUUUUACAAAACAAAAAAUCUAGAGUUGGAAACUCUGGGAUAACUUACAGAGAUGCACAAAUGCUUCUCUCUCUCUCUCUCUCUCUCUCUCUCUCUCUCUCUCUCUCUCUCUCUCUCUCAUUCUCUUCCUCCCUUCCCCCCCCCUGUGAUGUGCAAUAUGCUUGGCCACCAUAGAUGAUACUUCAUGUUUAAUCUGUAAAUAAGAAAUGUAUUUAAAUUAAAUGGGAGAUUUUUGUAAAAGGACCAAAUGUUCUUUUAUAAAUGUACUAAGGAAUAUCUUGCUCUUUGAAAUUUAUUAGGAUUUUUAUGAAUGAUUUUUAUUAAAAGAUUCUUUUUUGAGUUGU